AUGUCUUUUGGUAUCGCCGGUCCGCAUGAACUACUAUUAAGCCAGCUAACUGACGAACGAGUCGGUACCUACAACCACGUGACUACUAACCGGGCGAUCAGAUUGAUUCGCGAAGACGCUAAUUCAAAACGUGACACGAAGGACAGAGAACGUGGCGUGUCGAAGCAAGACUUCGUCGAACCCGGCUCAAUAUCCGACCCUCUCCCUGAAAUAAAACGUUGCGUCUGUAACGCUAAUGGGAACGUGACCUUCUCUAUCCCCCCCCCCCCCCCCUUCCCGGGA